AUGGCAACCACUGUCCAGAUCCACCGGCCGUAUAUCACUGACCACAGUCUCGGCAUUCAAUGGAACCGUGAAAAUUAUUUAAGACACCCAUGGCUUCACAUGGACCUUGACAGGAUGAAUACUACAAUACACACAAGCACAUACUUUUAUUACGAGAGUGUAUUUUCUAAUUUGGCUUGCCUCGAGUGGGCUUCAUUCUUGAUCGGGUUCUUGUUCACAUUAUCGUUUAUUCACACGACCACUCCAUUGACAAGUAGUGAAGCAGACGAAUUGAAAGAUCAAUGGGAACUAUAG